ACGCGCGCACGUCGCAGAAAAGACAAGACGAGUUAGGAAAAGGUCAAUCGGAGACCGCGGAUAUCGCUGAGGGCUCUCUGUAUUUAGGAUGGGAGCGAAUCUUUGAUUGCGACUCACGGACAUUGGCCACGAUAUUUCCUGCAGAGGCGCUAACUGCGCUUAGUUAGUGGUCCCAUCCUUUCUCAGCAUGAUCCGGCGUCCGGGAGGUUGCGUUUGGAGGAGCGUGUCGGAUCACGGAUCGCAACAGACCGACCGAUUCCAGUAUCUUGGCUGUGUGUGGCCGAAGGCAUUUUCAGGGUUGAUUGUGAUCAACAUAACAAAUGGCGAUCUGACUGUAGCCUCGUUGAGCUCUGUGCCAUGUCAUUGUCCUUUGGUUUUCAGGUACGCGAGGACAACAAUUGGAUGGGACAUUUAGGGCUGACGCAUCGAGUGUUGGUGGUGCCACCUCCGCGAUCAUCCCGGCGUAUCCAUGACAAGAUGUUGCCUGACGUGGGCCCGAUAUUUUUGGUAUCCACAUCGUCGGUGGGAGAUGGCCAUCAGUUCUACAUGGGCAUGCUCUCCGUUAACCUCACAGAGCUGGUUGAGUACGUGUUUGCAGAUGUAUCAAAGACAACAUCCGACGCAUGCCAACGGACCAAUCACUAUAGCUUAGUCGGGUCGUUAUCUGUAUUCGUCACCGCCCCAUGUCAUCGAGAAGAAGACUUCUCGCAAUUGUGUUUGCAUAUCUGCCAAAGUCAACCGACCCCUCCCCCAAAUACGGUGCUUGGUUGUAUUCAUUGCGGAUCUAUCUGCUAUUUGAUAGCUAUCCUGCAAACGGUCUCAAUUGCUUACUGUUCAUCACUCACACUGCUUGCGAAAGAUGAUAUGUUACCUGAUGCAACUUUACACAAGCACAAAAUCAUAGCGAGGAUAUCAUCCAAUUCACACAUGUAGAACAAUCAGGAAUGAGCUGUGAACUUCAGGUCAAAUGGCCUUGCAGGCUAGGUCUUAUUGCUGAACAGCUU